UGUAAUGGCUGCUGAUGGCGGCGCACUAUGAUGACGUAGCGUCCUCUGAUUGGCAGAUUCGUGUUAGGUUUUGGCGCUGGUCUACUGCUAACGAAAAAGCGGAGCGGUGUUCAGAGAACAGCCGGGAGAUGGGUGACAAGGAGGCGGUGGUGCUGGAGGCCCUGGGCCGGUGCGGGCUACGAGACCUAAGAAGAGCCUGGGUGGAGUCGGUCUGGGACUUGGACUUCACGGAGACUGAGCCUCUGGAUCCCCGAGUGGAAGCAGAAAUCAUAGAGAACGGUCUUGAAGUGUUCAACAAUCUGUACGAGUCUCUUCUGCCUUUCGCCUCUGAGGAUCAGGAGAACACCCGGCAGAGCGCCUGGGUCCUUUUCACAGAGAAUGACAUUUGCCGUAAUUCUCUAGUCGCCAUUUUUUACCACUUCAUCCAGACGGGAGAGAAGAAGGCGGCCGGUGCCUUGCAGAGGAUGCUGGGCCUCAGUGCGGCUGGAUUAUAUUUCCUUCUGCUGGAAAUACCAGGCAGUGUCGUCAAUCAGGUUUUUCACCCGGUACUGUUUGACAAAUGUGUGAACUGCCUGGAAAAGUGCUGGCCCCAGGAUCCGGAUUCCAGCCGGAAGAGGAAAAAGGACGGCAUGAAAAGCUCUCAGGGGGACAAUCGCAAGGGGAGGAAGCGGCCAAGGCCGACCCGACAAGAUGACAUUGAGAUGAAUGACUUAUCGGACGAGGAGCAAGGCGAGGAAGCGGUCUACUUCUCCGCCCACGACCUGAUGAAAAUCCGAGACUCCAUCAUUCUCCUCUUGAAGAACUUUCUGCGUUUGCUGCCAAAGUUCUCCCUGAAAGACAAGCCGCAGAGCGUGAUGCACUGUAUGCAGAUCUUCAUAAAUCUCACCAGCUUUGAGACUGUCCCACAGCAACUGGCGUUCUCAGAAUCCACGCCAAUUAACCGGAUGAAUUAUGUGCCACAGCUGGCAUACCACGGCUUGUGGUUACUGUGUCUGCCCAUACAUGGAGAGGGUAAUCAGACCCUGCGGCGUCUAUUCCAGCGCCUACUGAGCGUCAUUCUGAUGGUAAAAGGAGGUGAAGGAUCAAACUCCGCCAUGCUCGCGAUCACCGCUCCAGUCACAGGCGCCAGGGACCAGGCGGUUCAGUUUGUCAGUUUCCUGGUGGAUAAGUUGAAGGAGGCGUCAUUCCCUGUUCUCCUGAUCCUGUUGCAGCACAUAUGUGCCAAGUUUCCAGAUAAGUCUGACUAUAGGGCGUCUGCCGCCCAAGCUCUUGUGAAAUUAUUAGAAAAGCUUCCAAGCCCAGAAUAUGCCACCUUCAUCGACUGGCUGUACAAAUACUCCCGAAAUGCAAAGAUCUCAUACAGAGUGUUCGCCCUGGAUGUCGCUGUUGCUCUGCUGGAGCUGCCGGAGAGGACGGCUGAUGCUUCGUUUCCACUAGAAAAGAUAAAAUUUCUACAGCACAAGUUCCUGCUGCAGGCCAUGGUGUUCAGCCGCUGCUCCGACAAGGCUCCAACUGUGCGUAGUAAAGCGCUGUCGUGCCUGGCGCAAUGUCUAGAGAAGAACGCAGCAUCUGAAGGAGUCACUGAGCUUCUACAGGGCAGCACUUGCCGCACAAUUUCUGGAACCACGGUCACGGCUGAGAGUAUGGUGAACGGCACAGAAGCUUCUAAUCACACCCGCAAGACUAUUGGUGCUCUGAGGACCAUUGAAGUGACGGACGAGGGGGACCACAUGGGGGCUGAUGGAAGGGAUACGUUGGUGAUGCUGCGGCUCAGAGCUGGUGAUGAGAAGACUAAUGUCAGGAAAUCUGCCCUGCAGGUCUUGGUGAACAUCCUGAAGUACAACCUGAUCCCUUGCAGCUCUGAGGAUCUCUCCACCCUGCAAGAUCGCUGCAGAGACCCCGCUGUGUCUGUGCGCAAACAGGCCCUGGCCUCCCUGACCGAGCUGCUUCAGGCUCAGGCUCACAAUGUGUUGGUGCAGAAGGCCUGGCUUACUGGGCUGAUCCCGGUUGUGCUGGAUACAGAGUCAACCAUCCAGGAGAAAACCUUGGAGUGUCUGGACCAGCUCAUCCUGCAGAACAUCAAACAUUACAGCCGAUACCGAGAUGACGACGAGAAGCAGAAACUGAGCUGGGAUCUGCUGCACCUGCUGACUACAGAGAGCCAGGACCUCAGCCGCUAUCUGACUAAGGCUUUUCACCUAUGGGCCAAGCAGGAUAAGUUUUCUUCCACGUUAAUAAACAACCUGAUCUCUCACACGGAGUCAGAGCACUCCGCCUCGGCCUGGAUGGUGCUGGCCAAGGUUGCCGGUUCCGCACCAAAGCUGGACUACACCAAAAUCCUGAAUGCCUGGGACCAGGUCAGAAGAGAGACUGACGCCAACUCCAGCGUCACCACCGGCCACAUCCUGUGUGUGAUCGGCCAUAUUGCCAAACAUCUACCUGAAGAUAAGAGAGCCAAGCUGAUUGAUGAUGUAAAGUCUUGGUUGAAAGACUUCAAGUCUCCAGCAGAGAUUAUAAGUCCGGCAAUAGAGACCCUGCAGAAGCUUUGUUACGCUCACAGGGACUCUCCUGAAGCAGCGCAGGAUCUGCUCAAUGAUGUGUGCGGAGACUUGGUGUCUGUGUGUGAAGAGCACAUCUCCUCUGUAGUGAUGGCCGAUUCCCAGCACGCCCAGUACGAUCAGGAAUUACUGGUCCGACAUCUCUUCACCCUUGGAGAGGCGGCCCAGCUUUGUCCGGCGCGUGUGGAGAAAAAAGUAUUACUUCUGGUUCAGUCCAUCCUGGCCUCGGUGCACACAGAACACAACUCCUGCGUCUCGGUCAGUGAUGGUGUUCCAGAGUCCCAGCCGCUGUCCCAGUCACAACCCCAAUCCCAGCCGCUGUCCCAGUCACAACCCCAAUCCCAGCCGCUGUCCCAGUUCAGGGGGUCAACUAUGCCCCCUCUGGUGCGGGCCCACGCCUUCAUCACACUCGGAAAGUUGUGUCUCCAGCACGAGGACCUUGCUAAGAAGUGUAUACCCGCCCUCGCCCGAGAACUGGAAGUAUCUGACGACUUGGCCAUCCGCAACAACGUGAUCAUCGUCAUCUGCGACCUGUGCAUUCGCUACACUACGAUGGUGGACAGAUACAUCCCCAAUGUGUCCGUGUGUCUCAAGGACAGAGACCCCUUCAUCCGCAAACAGACCCUCAUAAUGCUGACCAAUCUGCUGCAGGAAGAAUUUGUAAAAUGGAAAGGUUCCCUAUUCUUCCACUUUGUCAGCGUCCUGGUGGAUCCGGACCCCGAUAUAGCCAAAUUUGGAGAGUUUUGCUUGGUUCACCUUCUCCUGAAAAGAAACCCGGUCAUGUUCUCGCAGCAUUUUAUCGAAUGCAUCUUUCAUUUCACUUCCUACGAGAAACACGAGAAGUACAACAAGUUCUCACAGAGCGAGAGGGAAAGGAAACUCUUCUCCCUGAAAGGGAAGGAGAACAAGGAGAAACGUUCCAAGAUUUACAAGUUCCUGCUGGAGCACUUCACCGAUGAGCAGCGCUUCAAUCUGACCACUAAAAUAAGCCAGAAUGUUCUAGCUUGCUUUGUGGACGGCCUGUUACCGAUCGACAUGGAAGCCGAUGAGCUGCUGUCGGACAUCUUCGAGAUCAUGAGCUGCAAAGAGAUCAAGUUAUCGGCAAUGAGGUCAAAACCGGGGGAGGACAUCGGUGGAGGAGACGAUGAUGAGAUGGCUAUGGCCAACGCUGUAAUGCAAGUGGCACAAAAGAAACUUAUUUCCCAGGUGCAAAAGAAAAACUUUGUAGAGAACAUCAUCCCCAUCAUCUCCUCUCUGAAGGGCUUUUUGGAGCAGCAGAGGAUCCCUGCCCUCCGGGACCUGAUGAACUACUUGCGGGAGAUGAUGCAGGAUUACCGGGACGAGAUCAAAGAUUUCUUCGCUGCGGAUAAACAGUUGGCGGCAGAGCUGGAGUACGACAUGAAGAAGUACGAGGAGCAGUUGGAGCGGGAAAAGGAGCAGGAGAAUGGCGUCCUGAAUCCUUCCAUUGCAGCUGUAUCUGGCAGCCCACAGGCCUCUGCUGGCGCUGGUUCUCCUCGAACCCCAACUACUCACCGGUCCCCUCUGCCCACCAUAGAGGAGGUACCUGGAGGGGCGGAGCCAUCUACACCUAUUGCCACACCCAGGGUCGCCAUCCUUGCCGGACAGGGCCCUCGGCCGAGGCAGAUGUCACUCAGCACUCUCGCCAUCCUCAAUUCUGCAAGAAAAACCGUGGAAAACAAACUGAAGCCGAGGAGCAAGAGCAUCGGGGCGAAUCCAUCAACGCCGUCCCCGUCCAGUAGGAACAGUAGUAAGCUGGCCACGUUCCGCACUUCUGAUCAGCCGUCUAAUACAUCCCUUGAAGGCAGAGCAAUCAGUACUCCAGAACAAACCAUUUAUAAUGUGACUUUUGGAGCCGGAGUGAGUUACAUUAGUGCUAACCAGACACCAGCCUCGGGGAGGAGCCUGAACGCGUCACGUGACAAAGAGACGGACGUCCUGUGUAUCAUGUCUCCAGACAAGCCGGCACCGCAGCCGCGUCAAUGGAACGUGGAGUCUCCAGUGCAGAGAAGUAACCGGCGGCAGCCAUCCAGACGAGCGCCGCUCAAACCCGCCAACUAGACGGAGCAGUGUGGGGGGACUCCGACCGGUUCACUCAAGUCCAUCACGUUUUCUGUACAUAUUUCUUUGUAUGACGCUGGUGAAUUUCUUGCACAAUUUUGCACUUGUCCUGUAAACCAUGUUAUUGAAUUUUUAUUUUCCCGCUUAUAUAUGUUAAUAUUCAUAGCUGCAGCCCCUGUAAUCAUUUUAUAAUGCUAUUAGCUUAUUAAAAGGCUUUGGUGUGGAUCAUAUUACUUCGUAUUGUUGUGGCAGGUCCUUUACUAGUUAUCAAACAUGAUGGUACAAUUUCUGCCUGUCUUCCAUUGUGGUAGUUGUUUUAAAGGGGUACUCCGCCCCUAGACAUCUUAUCCCCUAUCCAAAGGAUAGGGGAUAAGAUGUCAGAUCGUGGGGGUCCCGCUGCUGGGGACCCCCGGGAUCUCUGCUGCAGCACCCACCUCAACGGCUUCCAGCAACGCUGGAGGCUUCG